UUUAAUCAGAAAUAAAGUUACAUCGGACACGUUUGUACUCUAUUCCUAUUCGACUGCUUAGUAUAUAUUUCUACAACAUUAAUACGAACCGUGCAUUUUGGUUUUGGAUUUCAAAAAACAAAAAUUACUCGUGUCCAGGAAUCCUGAAUCAGGAAUCACCCAAACCGGGUGUCACCAAAUCUCAGUGCACACGUAUAAGAAGUCGGAAUAGUUAAGGGUCAGCGUAUCAAGAUGGUUAAACUUAGCCAACAACUAAUUGAAGCCCGCGGCAAAGGCUUGGACUAUCGCCAAAUUCUCAAUCUGAACAUAUGGGGAACCGAUCUUGAUGAUAUCAGCAUCUUUACGGAGAUGCCUUUACUGGAAAUUCUCUCUUUGAGCCUUAACCAAGUGACCACAUUGCAGGGCCUCAGGAACUGUCACAAUCUGAAGGAGUUGUAUUUACGGAAAAACCUGAUCGCAGACAUUAGUGAAUUAAAUUACCUAAAGGGUGCCAAGAACCUAAAGACUUUCUGGCUCUUGGAGAAUCCUUGCGCAGAUACCCUUGGUGAUAACUAUCGCCGCUCUGUGAUAAAACAUUUGCCGCAGUUGAGAUUCCUGGAUGGUGUCGCAAUUACCGACGCAGAAUUGGAAUCUGCCCUUAACGAUGAGCCCCCUAUGCCCCCUAUGCCCCCUAGGGCUGAGCCCAGAGGUCCUCCACCUGAAGAAGUAAACCCCAUACCCAGACGUGCUUCUAAUAAGAACCGUCGGGAGGAAAAUAAAAAGGAACGAGAGCAAGAGAAGUUGGACAAAGAAAUUGAUCGCAAACGCACGGCAAACUCUAGUUGCCAUGUAGAGAAAUCGCGACGUGCUAGUCCCCCAGCACCGCUAGAGAUUAGCCGUCCAGUUGUCCAGGAACGCCCACCUUCCGGCAACGGUGAUGGCAAUCAUAUGGAGCAACAGAGUGAGCCGACCAUGCCGAUGCAACCAAUGCAGCCUAUGCCACAAGCUGCACAAGGACCGCAGACAAUCCAUGUACAACACGGGCCACUAGCCCAUCAAAUGCCCCAAGUGAGCCAGGUAUCCCAGAUGGCCCAGAUGCCAUCAAUGCAACAAUUGACAAUGCAACCAUCGACAUCUCAGAGUGCAGCUGCUUCGCGCAGCUUCUGGUCUGGAUCUCCGGGGCCAGACUUUUCGCAAAACGAUCGCUAUAUGGAGCAGAUGAAUUAUCAACGUUCACAUGACCCGAUGUCAUCGAAUUUUAUGGGAGGAUGCCGCCAGGAAGAAAUGGAGAAAAUGCACUAUCAAGCUGCCAAUUCGAUGAUGUUCCCAAUGAACAAUGCUGCUUCUCCUAAUCAUCGUGAGCAUUAUGGGCGCAGUGGUCCAGUGCGUUCCAAUGUCAACAUAUUGUCGUCGAUCCGUUACCUGAUCCGUGAACUGGACCCAGCCAGCUUGGUGGUGCUCGGUCAAGCCAUUCAUGAGCAGAUGGCCAAGAUGCUACCCUCCGAUUAAAUCCAAAUAUUUCGUUCCCGUACAGUUAGCAGGUCACGAUUAAUCGUGAUUCAUAGCUAUUCAAAAUUUUCAAGUUAAUUUACGUUCCGAUGAGUUUAAUUCUACUAGACUGAAAGAUGCUUUUGGCGAAAAAAAAUUGGAAAUUCUUGUCAAUCAACCGAAAUCAGAAUGCCAGAUUCCGAUGUGAAGAAUGAAAGCCAUCAGCUUAAUUACAUUUGUAAUUGUUAAUUUUUGCAAACUAGUUAUUGCAUUCUUGAGUGUUCGAUAUGUGCAUAAAUAUAAUUAAUAUGUCACAUAAACUUUAAA